AUGUUCAAGAGAGCCUUGCAUACAAAUCUACCUCGUGAUAGGAAGAGGAGGAAAACGGAAGGGGAAGGCGUCUCCGGCGCGUUAGGUUUUGAUUUGUGUACAGAAGCGUCUGGAGUUGAAGGAAAACGAAAGAGUGGAGAAUUAAGCAUGACUGACAAGAGUGUUAAGCUUAAACAGAAGGAAGGGGUGGGAAAUUGGAAUGGUGUGGAGAUGACAGUUGAAUGCGUGGAUUAUGUCUCGCAAUUGCCCGAAACUGUCAUCCAUCUCAUACCGUCUCUCCUUCGUGGUACAAAAGAUGCUGCUCGAACCAGUACCUUGUCGAAGAGGUGGAGGGACUUGUGGACCUCUUUCUCUGUUUUGGCAUUCGAUCAGUGCAAGUUUCAAGCACCAGAGGGAGUUAAAGAUAAGAAGACGUGCAAUGCAAUGUUUAAGGAUUUUGUUGACAAGUCUCUCCAAAGCCACUUUGAGCGUAAUUUGGGUAUAUAUAAGCUUGUGCUGCAUUUGAAUUCGUUUGAUCAAGAUAUGGCUCAUCGUAUUGAACAGUGGAUUGGACUUGCAGCUGAAAAUAAAAUAAAAGAGAUUGGUUUCCAUGCAAGCGGCCACUACACAUUGCCUAGGAAUGUCUUUGCUUCAGAAACCAUAACUGGAUUAAGGCUAGAAGGCUGUAGACUGGAUACUUCUAGCAAUAUAACGCUUCCUAAUCUGCAAAAGCUAUAUCUGCGAAGACUUCCUCUUGAUCAGUCGAUAAUUAUGAAUCUCAUUACUAGCUGCCCUCAAAUUAACGAUUUGAGACUCAUACUUUGCACGGGGUUAAUCAUCUGCAGAUUUCAAGUCUCCUUAAACUUUAUCGGGUAG